CCGGCUUUUUUUAUUCUAACUGGAAUCCGCUUUGUGUUGUAUGAACAGAGUGUAGUCAGUCGAGAACCAGCUUAAUUUUUGCAUCGAUUGAAAAGUUUUGAACUGUUGAAAGGUAGAAGGAACAAUGAGCGGGGGUCUGGUGCCCAGUAAAAGUACGAUAUACGUUGGCAACCUUCCCUUUUCACUGACAAACAACGAUAUACACAAAAUAUUUGAAAAAUAUGGACGUGUUGCAAAGGUAACUAUCUUGAAGGAUCAUGCAACAAGGAAAAGCAAAGGUGUUGCUUUUGUGCUGUUUGUUGAAAAAGAUUCAGCCUUUAAAGCUGUGCGAGCUUUGAACAGAACAAAGAUGUUUGAUAGAACUAUUACAUGUACAGUAGCUAAAGACAAUGGAAGAGCAAAAGAAUUCAUCAAGAGGAAAGAUUACCCAGAUAAAUCUCGAUGUUAUGAAUGUGGUGAAGAAGGACAUCUAAGUUAUAAAUGCCCCAAAAAUUUACUCGGAGAAAGAGAACCUCCUCCAAAGAAAGAAAGAAAGAGGAAAAAGUUUGAAGGAGAGGGAGAUACAGAGGAGGAGGAAGAAGAAGACAGUGAUGAUCAAACAGAAAACCCUGCAUUAGACAGUCUGGCUGCUGCCAUAAAAUAUCAGAGAGAACAGAUGGAAAAAACAUCAAUGAGGUAUGGUGAGAGUAGUAUGUAUUUUGCUGAUGUUGAGGAGGAACCAAAGAAGAAAAAAUACAAAAAGGAUGCCUACUUCAGUGAUGAAGAGGAAAUAGAUGAUGAUACAUGAAAUAUGAACAGUUUCCAUGACAACUGCUCCUCUGUGAUGAACUCAAGUCUAAUCCCCAGACUGAAAAAGAAUGUGAUAGCCACUUGUAAAAGUACUGACUAUAUUUGAUUUAAUUGUUUUCUUGUUUAUGAUGACUGUAAGAUGUAUGAAAUCUGUAAUAAACAAUACAAUAUCUAUUUCAAACUGUUUGUAUGUUAGUAUUCUUUGAUUUUUUCAAAAUGAGACAAAAGGGGAAAAAAACUAAAUUAAAACUUACAGAGCUUAUCCUAAAGUCUUUGUCCUUUCACAAUACCAAUUGCUUAAAUAUUUUACCAAAUUGCAGUUUUAAUUCACCUUUACAAAUUUAUCAACUGGUAAAACAGUUUUUAUGGCUAAUGAAAGGUUGUAAGUAUAUAUGAAGCAAGUACAGUGUAAUGAAAAUUUACACUUACAAUCCUAUAGGACUUCAAUAAACAUAUUUACACUUUUGGUAUUUAGCUAUAUUUUGCCUCCGAAUGACCUUAGAUCUACUCCGAAUCACCUUUUGAAGUCGGGCAACAAUCACUUUUUAAUUGUGACGUCAAAUGUUUUGAAUUUUGAUGUCAAAGUUUACGGGAACCUGUGUGAUUUUACAUAAUGGCGUACAAAUUUGCAUACAAGUGUAAAUACGUCUAUUUUACAUCUGCUAUUCAAAAUAUAUAGAUGUAUUUUUUAAAUAAUAUAGCAAUUUGUAAAGUCAUAUAAAGUUAUUAAAUGUAGUCAUUUUUGAUUUUUUUGUUAUAUAAUUAUCAAGUGUAAAGUUUUUCACAUUUUUCCUUUUAAAAUGUUUUCUAUAUAUAAGAAACAGACAUUUAGUUGAAUUAAAACAUGUAAUAUUCAUUAAAAUAUAUGUGAAGUAAAAAUAUGUUGUCAAUAAGAUUCCAUGGGAGAUAAUCUGAUAUCUAUGAAUUAUUUAUUUUCACAUGAAUAAGUGAUUGGGCUCUUAUUUCCCUUUAAAACUUCAAGUAAACAUAUUUUAGAGAAAAAUAUAUUUCUCUAGUGGUCUAAAUAUUGAUUGAAAGACAAUUCUGUAACAUUUAAAGAAAAUUUACAAUUUUAAAAAAGAUUCUUUGAAAACUUUAAAUGGGACAUUAUUAUAGCAAUUCAAAAAUUACUACUGUAAAUUCAGAAAUUAUUGCGUGCAUUUAUUAUUGCGAUUUUUUUAAAAUUAACAAAAAUGCGAGUUUAACUAUUGCGAAUUUUGGAAAAGCUACGUACAGAUAUAAGUAUUUGAUAUCAGAAUGCAAGUUUUUAUUAUUGCGAUACUCAAGUAGUCGCGUUAUUCGCAUUAAUAAAAACCUCGCAAUAAUUUCUGAAUUUACAGUAUAUUACCUUUCAUAUGCCUUUACAAUUGAUAUACCUGUAAAGAAAUACAUCUAUUCAAAUUCAAUGUCAGAUGUGAAACUCAAGUCUUCCAGGGCAGUAAGUUUGAUACACUGCACUUGCCUCAUACUAACAACCUUUCACUAGCUAUGAGCUAAACUGUUUUAUGGAGAUGAUCAGUUUGUAGAAGUAAGUUCAAACUGCAAUUUUGGUAAAACAUUUACCAAUUGGUAUUGUGAAAGGGCAACAUUUAGGAUAAGAGCAGUAAAACAAAUGAUUGCAGUGUCUUUUGGCUGUGAGAUUAUAUUUGAAUAUUGUUUGUACCCUAAGCAGCCUUGUAUGUACUGUAAAUUGAAACAUGAGUAAAAUUGUCACAUCUUUAAGUGUUUAUCCACUAGAUAAAAAAACUCAUCAAUGUUACUGGAGAGAAUUGCAAUAGAUUUAAUUUCCUUAA